AUCCACAAAUCCGCCAUGGCAGACAUCAAGAACUUCCUGUAUGCUUGGUGUGGGAAGAAGAAACUUACACCCAGCUAUGACAUUCGACGGGCUGGAAACAAAAACCGGCAGAAGUUUCUGUGUGAGGUUCGUAUUGAGGGAUUGGGAAUGGGAAACUCCACCAAUAAGAAGGAUGCCCAGGCAAAUGCUGCCAGAGACUUAGUCAAUUAUCUUGUCCGAGAUGGAGAAAUGAAUGCAGCUGAAGUCCAAGCCCUUGGGGUAAGUGUACCUGACUUCAGUGGGGGAGCAGGGGCAAAUGCACCUUCUGGACCAGUCCCAGGUGUCACUGGUUUGGGAUAUUCGGGAGGUGAUGGUGGAGGCAAUUAUUCUGGAGGUGCUGGAAACAGCAAUGCUCCGUGGGAUCGUGGGGCCAAUCUGAAGGACUACUACUCAAAGAGAGAUGAGCAAGAGGCACAGGCGACUCUGGAGUCUGAGGAGGUAGAUCUGAAUGCAGGACUCCAUGGCAACUGGAUUUUAGAGAAUGCCAAAGCCCGUAUGAACCAGUUUUUCCAGAAGGAGAAGAAUCAGAAACCCCUUGGUUUGUGCCGUGGCGGAGAUCUUUGUGGGCUAUACUCAGCCUUGUCUCAGGAUGGUAAGUUGGUGGUUGAAGAUUUCCCUCUAGUGGUGUGGGGGCUGUGCUUUGGCAAAGUGGGUGGGGUUAUAUCCUUCCUGUUUGGCCCUGUCUGGGGGUAUCAUCGGAUGGGGCCACAGUGUCUCCUGACCCCUCCUGGUCAGCGAGAUGGGCUUCCAGUGAAGAAUUUUGAGAGAGAGAUCAUAUCUGCUGUUCAGGGUAACUCAGUGGUGAUCAUUCGAGGGGCGACUGGCUGUGGCAAAACCACCCAGGUUCCCCAGUACAUCCUGGAUCUGUUCAUCAAGAGUGGGAGGGCGUCCGACUGUAACAUUAUUGUAACCCAGCCCCGGCGUAUCAGUGCAGUGUCUGUUGCAGAGCGUGUUUCCUACAAGAGAGGAGAGGAUGUCGGUGUGUUACUGCGGAAGCUGGAAACAGGUAUUCGUGGGAUCAACCAUGUGAUUGUGGGUGAAAUCCACGAGAGAGACCUCAAUGUGCGUAUAGCUGAUGAUCCCCAAAAUCAGAAUCCUUAG